CUCACCGAUACGCUCACAAGCGCGUGUGCGUCGUCGCAAGCGCGUGUUUAACGCUCACGUUGGACUUUAAUUCGGUGUCUAGUUUUAACGUUUGCACAUUUUUUUUUUGACAUGCUGUGGGCGGCUAAUACGGUCAUUAGGAAAUUCUCUACAAGCUAUGCCAAACUCCAAAAUAAGCUGAACCUCGCCUUGAUCGGCCAGAGCCUGUUCGGACAGGAGGUGUACACGGGCCUCCGCAAGCAGGGCCAUAAGGUGGUGGGUGUGUUCACUGUUCCGGAUAAGGAUGGCAAAGCGGACCCCCUGGCCACAGUGGCAGAGAAAGACGGCACGCCGGUCUUCAAGUUCCCCCGCUGGCGUGUGAAGGGCGAGCCGAUUGCAGAGGUUGUGGAGGCCUACAAAGCCGUGGGAGCCGAGCUCAACGUCAUGCCAUUUUGCUCCCAGUUCAUCCCCAUGACAGUGAUCAACUACCCCAAACACGGCUCCAUCAUCUACCACCCCUCCAUUCUCCCCAAGCACAGGGGGGCCUCUGCCAUCAACUGGACUCUGAUCGAGGGAGAUAAGAAGGCAGGCUUCUCUGUGUUCUGGGCUGAUGACGGUUUGGACACCGGUCCCAUCCUGCUGCAGAAGGAGUGUGAUGUGGAGCCCAACGACACCGUGGACACACUCUACAACCGCUUCCUCUUUCCAGAGGGCAUCAAAGCCAUGGUGGAGGCUGUGCAGCUCGUCGCUGAUGGCAAAGCACCCAGGAUCCCUCAGCCAGAGGAGGGAGCCAGCUAUGAAGGCAUCCAAAAGAAAUCGAAUGCCAAGGUGAACCUGGAUCAGCCUGCUGAAGCCAUCCACAACUGGAUCCGUGGCCAUGAUAAGGUCCCAGGAGCAUGGGCAGUCAUCCAAGGCCAGCCCGUGACACUGUAUGGCUCGUUAAUGCUGAACGGCUCGGUUCCUGGAGGUCGGCCCCUGGAGGUUGAGGGUGCAUCGCAGCCUGGACUCAUCACCAGCUCAGGCCUUGUGCUUUUUGGCUCUGACAGCAAAGCGCUUCAGGUGAGGAGUCUGCAGUUUGAAGAUGGAAAGAUGAUUCCAGCUGCCAGAUACUUCUCACCAGGAGAUACCACCAGUGUGGAGCUGACUGAGGAAGAGAAGAAGAUGGCAGAGGAGAUCAGGGUGAUCUGGAAGGGAAUUCUGAGUAAUGUGAAUGUAAUUGAGGACACAACUGAUUUCUUUAAGUCUGGGGCUGCAUCUAUGGAUGUUGUCAGGCUAGUGGAAGAGAUCAAAGAGAAGUGUGCAGGCGUGCCGCUGCAGAACGAGGACGUGUACAUGGCCACUUCCUUCCAGGAGUUCGUUCAGAUGUUCGUGCGACGUUUGAGAGGAGAGGACCAGGAGGAGGAGCUGGUCGUCAGUUAUGCAACAAAAGAUAUCAAUAACAUGACCCUUAAGAUGCCUUACCAGUGUUUCAUUGAUGGGCGAUUUGAGGAUGCAGAAAACGGAAAGACUUACGACACCGUCAACCCCACCGACGGCUCUGUGAUCUGUAAGGUGUCAUUUGCGUCUGUAGCUGAUGUGGACAGAGCAGUGGCAUCUGCCAAACAAGCCUUCGAAGAUGGCCCCUGGGGCAAGAUGAACCAGCGCGACCGUGGCAGGCUGCUAUACAGACUGGCUGACCUCAUGGAGGAGCACCAGGAAGAGCUGGCUACCAUCGAAGCCAUCGACUCUGGCGCUGUGUAUACGCUCGCACUCAAGACACACGUGGGCAUGUCCAUUCAGACAUUCCGAUACUUUGCAGGCUGGUGUGACAAGAUUCAGGGCACAACCAUACCCAUUAACCAGGCCCGACCCAACCGCAACCUGACCUUCACCAGGAAAGAACCUCUGGGAGUGUGUGCGAUUGUGAUCCCAUGGAACUAUCCUCUAAUGAUGCUAGCCUGGAAGAGUGCAGCCUGUCUGGCCGCUGGAAACACACUCGUCCUAAAACCUGCUCAGGUGACUCCUCUGACAGCGUUGAAGUUUGCGGAGCUGACGGUGAAGGCAGGCAUUCCUAAAGGAGUGAUAAACAUCCUACCUGGAUCAGGCGGUCUGGUAGGUCAGAGGUUAUCUGAUCACCCUGAUAUCCGUAAGCUGGGCUUCACCGGCUCUACCCCCAUUGGAAAACAGAUCAUGAAGAGUUGUGCCGUCAGUAACUUGAAGAAGGUCUCACUUGAGCUGGGAGGCAAAUCCCCCCUCAUCGUCUUCAGUGACUGUGACCUGGACAAGGCUGUGCGGAUGGGUAUGAGUUCCGUUUACUUUAAUAAAGGAGAGAACUGUAUAGCUGCAGGUCGGCUGUUUGUGGAGGAGUCUAUUCACGAUGAGUUCAUCAGACGGGUGGUUGAAGAGAUUAAGAAAAUGAAGAUUGGCGAUCCUCUGGACCGCUCCACAGACCACGGCCCCCAGAACCACAAGGCCCACCUGGACAAGCUGGUGGAGUACUGUGAGACUGGUGUGAAGGAAGGUGCCACUCUGAUCUGUGGAGGAAAACAGGUCAACAGGCCUGGAUAUUUCAUGGAACCAACAGUGUUCACGGAUGUAGAGGAUCACAUGUUCAUUGCUAAAGAGGAGUCGUUUGGUCCCGUCAUGGUGGUGUCCAAGUUUAAGGACGGUGACGUGGAUGGAGUACUGAGCAGAGCGAACGACACUGAAUUCGGCCUGGCCUCUGGGGUGUUCACGCGGGACAUUAACAAGGCCAUGUACGUCAGCGAGAGGCUGGAGGCGGGAACCGUCUUCAUCAACACCUACAACAAAACGGACGUGGCAGCGCCCUUCGGGGGCUUCAAGCAAUCUGGCUUCGGGAAGGACCUCGGUGAGGAAGCACUUCAUGAGUAUCUCCGGACCAAAGCGGUGACGGUGGAGUACUGACAGGAAACCCAUGCUGCCCUUGGACUUCGGGCAGGACCGGCAGGUGUUUGGCAGGACUGUGGGUUGCGUGCUUCGUCCACCACACUGGUCAGACUUCGUCUCACAACCAGUUUGAUCUGGGAGUGAAAAGAAAAAACAACAAAAGAGUGCCCCCUGCCAGGCCAAACGUUUUUGCCUACAUUUUUCUAUCGGUCUGCUUCCAGAACAUGCCUUUAUCCUCAGAGAGGAACAUUUUGUUUAUCCAUGCCACGGCAGCUCUGUGACCUCCAAGUGUUGAAUGAAUGGUGUGGUAAAAUUAUGCUGCGUGAACAACAUGGAUCACUGUGUUCUUCAUUUUGGCAUCAGAGCCACAAGACACUGCCAGUAUGUGAUUGCCAAAGCAUCUGGUAUGAAAGGUUUUUUUGGGGGGUUUUUUUACACUAUUUUAAGGUAGCUUCUUUCCUAUAUCAUACACUUACCAGCCACUCAAAACACUUACGUUUACCUACAAUCAUUUGACACUACACCUGUACACCUGUCUUGUACAUGUGUGUUAGAAAUGUACGAUUACAGCCUGUAGCUCAUCUGUUAGUUUUUGGAAUUCAUCACAAGCCCUCAGCACUGGUCAGUAUCUGAUCUUUGUCGUUCUCAGCAGUGAGACAUUGCGCUGUUAUAGGCCAGCGGUUAUGGUAUUGGGCUUGUAAUCAGGCGGUUGCUGGUUCAAGCUCCUCUGUUGCCAAGGUACUGUUGUUGGGCCCCUAAGCAAGGCCCUUAACCCUCACAGGUUUGAAUUGUGUACUGCUGUAAGCUUUUUUGGAUAAACGUCUGGCAAAAUGCUGUGAAUGUGUGGUUGUGGGUCAUGGAACCAGUGUUCUGCUGGUUUUGAGGCGUCACGUUGCUCCUGAGUCUAGAGUGGUCCAGACACAGUCAACUGUGGCUUAUAUCAGAAGGUGGACCUCCAAGACACAGCUGUGUAAUAAAGUGGCUGGAGAGUGUAAACCCAUACACAAUAUAUGAUCCAGCUAAAGUGUUUCUAUGUUCAUGCCACUUCAUGAACUAUUUGUCAUUAUUAUCGCUUUCUUUUACUAGUCAUACCACUUUCACAGAUCCCAUUUGACAUUACUAUACAUACAUAUCAUUUCUAGAGAACAAAAAUGUAUUGUUCUAUGUAUAUUAAUGUUCCAUUCCAGAGAGGAAAUACAGAGUGACUUGUAAUCCAUUGGCAUGAUCAGGAAAAUAUAAGAAAGGUUUUAAUUUAGGAACGUUUUAGGGCAGACGGGGGGGAUGUGUGUGUGUGUCCCAAUAAUUCCAGCUCACACUGAGGCUGGGUGGGGUGAGCAGUGUGCACCCCCCCACCCCCAAGUUCAAAUGAAACCUCCGCCACUGUAAAGAUGAGCUGAGAGGUGUAUCAAAAGUGUUUAGCUGUAUUACGCUUUAGAGAUCCAUUGCCAAAACCCUGUAGAAAAUUCUACAUGCACAAAGUGAUGUCGUCUGUUCCCAGGUUUGGUUUAAUUCAGAGUUUACCAGGCGUCUUCCGUGAGAUAAACCUUCUUACCAAAUUUUGCUCUAACUAAAAACUCCCAUCUAAAAAAACCUGCCCAUCCAGAUGGAGCUCAUCUGCAACAAACAGCACAGAGAGGUUGGAGCAGGUCUGGCUGACGAGGGUGGAAGAAUCGGGCUUGUAGGUCUCCAGGAGCCAGGUUGAUGGUACUUGUGUCUGUAGUGUGUCUGAAGAGCUGCUAGAACACGUCUGCUUUUAAAAACACUGUGAAGCUUUUAAUGCAGGUUAGCGCUUUACUGUCGAAAGGCUUGUGAAGCCGGUUAGAAUCUUUCUGAAUGAUUUGUGGCGUGCAACGUGUCAUUUGCUCACAGCAGCAGAAGAACUUGUAACAGUAAUUGCAUCACUAAUUAUGCAAUAUAAUUUUCAUAAUUAUGCAAUGUAAUAUUCAUAAUUAUGCAAUAUAAUAUUCAUAAUGGUUGAGUGAAUGGCAACAGGCAGUCCGAUUCAAGAGUCAAACAUCAACACUCCUGCCUUUCACAUUCAGCUAUGUUGUAUGUUGGUGUAACAUCCUUGAUAACAGUAUUUUUUAUUGCAACAGUGUUAUAUUCGCUGUUUGCAUUUGCUGUUUUUCCAACAGAGAUUAAAUUUGAUUUAUGAA